GCCUGCCAGCUAGCCAGAGCCGCGGACGAGCGCGGAGACGCGGGUCCGAGGGAGGAGCGCGGCGCGGGACGCGCGUCUGCCAGCUCCGGGUGGCCGUCCUCCGCGGCUCGAGCACCUCGCCUCCUUCCCUCCCCUCCCCGGCGCUCCGGCCUGGCGUCUCGGGGCGGGGAGCGGAGGGAAGGGACGAAAGAAGAGGAGGAGUAGGAGGAGGUGAAAGCGAGGUGAGGGGCCGAGGGGUCCCGGCGCGGGGCGAGGCGCGCGUUGCCUUGGACUCUCCCGCCUCCUGGCCGCCACCGCCUGCCCGGGCGCGCGGGGCUCCGGGGGCGCCCGCAGUAUGCAGCGGGACCGUCAGCUGCCGCGAUGGCGAGCCGGUCGGUAGUGAGAGCCGGGCGAAGCCCGCCGUGUUCCCGAGUCCGGGCCGCGGCCGCCGUCCCCGCCCGGGCUGCGCUCCCCCUCUACUGCUCCCUCCCUCUGCGCUCCAACUCCUCCUCCUCCAUGCCUGUGUUCCUCCUGCUCUUACUUAUUUUCCUGCUGCUCGAGGACGCCGGCGCCCAGCUAGGUGAUGGAUGUGGACAUACUGUACUAGGCCCUGAGAGCGGAACGCUUACAUCCAUCAACUACCCGCACACCUACCCCAACAGCACCGUUUGUGAGUGGGAGAUCCGUGUGAAGGUGGGAGAGAGAAUCCGCAUCAAGUUUGGCGACUUUGAUAUCGAAGAUUCCGAUUCUUGUCACUUCAAUUACCUGCGACUUUUUAAUGGAAUUGGAGUCAGCAGAACUGAAAUAGGCAAAUACUGUGGUCUGGGAUUGCAGAUGAACCAUUCAAUUGAAUCAAAAAGCAAUGAGAUUACAGUGCUGUUCAUGAGUGGGAUCCAUGUUUCUGGACGAGGAUUUCUAGCCUCCUACUCGCUUGUAGAUAAACAAGAUCUAAUUACUUGUUUGGACACUGCAUCCCAUUUUUUGGAACCUGAGUUCAGUAAGUACUGCCCGGCUGGCUGCCUGCUUCCUUUUGCUGAAAUAUCUGGAACAAUCCCUCAUGGAUACAGAGAUUCCUCGCCGCUGUGCAUGGCAGGUGUGCAUGCAGGAGUAGUGUCGAAUGUCUUGGGUGGUCAGAUCAGCGUCGUAAUUAGCAAAGGCAUCCCGUACUAUGAAAGUUCUUUGGCUAAUAACGUCACUUCUGUGGUGGGACACUUGUCUACAAGUCUUUUUACAUUUAAGACAAGUGGUUGUUAUGGGACACUGGGGAUGGAGUCCGGUGUGAUUGCUGAUUCUCAGAUCACAGCCUCCUCGGUGCUGGAGUGGACUGACCACACCGGGCAAGAGAACAGCUGGAGACCGGAGAAGGCCAGACUGAAGAAACCCGGGCCGCCUUGGGCUGCUUUGGUCACUGACGAGUAUCAGUGGCUGCAAGUAGAUCUGAAUAAGGAAAAGAAGAUAACAGGCAUCGUAACCACCGGCUCUACUAUGGUGGAACACAACUACUAUGUGUCUGCCUACAAAGUUCUGUACAGUGAUGACGGGCAGAAAUGGACUGUUUAUAGAGAACCUGGUACGGAGCAGGAUAAGAUAUUUCAAGGAAACAAAGAUUAUCACCAGGACGUACGUAAUAACUUUCUGCCACCGAUUAUUGCACGCUUUAUUAGAGUGAACCCUACCCAGUGGCAGCAGAAGAUCGCCAUGAAAACGGAACUGCUCGGAUGUCAGUUUAUUCCUAAAGGUCGUCCACCAAAACUUACUCAACCUCCGCCCCCUCGGAACAGCAAUGACCUCAGAAACACUACUUUCUCUCCCAAAAUAGCCAAAGGUCGUGCCCCCAAAUUUACUCAACCACUACAACCUCGCAGCAGUAAUGAAUUUCCUGCCGAGACAGAACAAACAACUGCUACUCCUGAUAUCAAAAAUACCACUGUAACUCCAAAUGUAACCAAAGAUGUGGCGCUGGCUGCAGUCCUUGUCCCUGUGCUGGUCAUGGUCCUCACCACUCUCAUUCUCAUAUUAGUGUGUGCCUGGCAUUGGAGAAGCAGAAAGAAAAAAGCAGAAGGCACCUAUGACUUACCAUAUUGGGACCGGGCAGGUUGGUGGAAAGGAAUGAAGCAGUUUCUCCCUGCCAAGUCAGUGGAACACGAGGAAACCCCAGUUCGCUACAGCAAUAGUGAGGUUAAUCACCUGAGUCCCAGGGAAGUCACCACGAUGCUGCAGACCAACUCCGCAGAGUAUGCACAGCCACUUGUGGGAGGACUUGUUGGCACCCUUCACCAGAGAUCAACCUUCAAGCCAGAAGAAGGGAAAGGCACAGGCUACGCAGACCUCGAUCCUUACAACUCGCCGGUGCAGGAGGUGUAUCAUGCCUACGCCGAACCACUCCCCAUCACUGGGCCUGAGUAUGCAACGCCCAUCAUCAUGGACAUGUCGGGGCACUCCACAGCCUCAGUGGGCCUGCCUGCCACGUCCACUUUCAAAGCCACAGGGAACCAACCUCCUCCUCCUCCUCUGGUGGGAACUUGCAGUCCGCUUCUCGCCAGGACUGACAGCUGCUCCUCAGCCCGGGCCCAGUAUGACACCCCAAAGGGUGGGAAGCCUGCGCCAACCGCCCCAGAUGAGUUGGUGUACCAGGUGCCACAGAGCACACAGGAAGUAUCAGGUGCCGGAAGAGAUGGGGAAUGUGAUGUUUUUAAAGAAAUCCUUUGAGGGUUAUGCUGCUUUUUCCAAGCAUCAUUUUAAAGCACAUGGCCUUUUUACAGAUGAUUAGUGGUAGUGAAAUAUAGAAUUAUUACAUAUCUGUCACUGAAGUGGCUGGGGAGUUGGAAGGACCAAGGUACAGGAAACUACUAAUCUUGCCAUCUGGCUUUGAAGGUGUUACUAUGGCACAGUCACUGCUUGCCUCUUAAAUUUCUGACAUCCUGUUUGUUACUACUGUAAGACACUAUUUUAAUACAGAAAAAUCUGCCUAUAGUGCACUUCAAAAGAAUGAAAAAUCACUGAGAGUAUUUAUUACAGAUGCUACAGGUACACUAAUGAACUCAAGAGAUGGCUCUUUACAAGCCAUACUGGCAAUAAUGCAUGGUACUGUUUUUGAAAUAUCUAAUGGCUUGAAAUUCUGCUCUGUGAAAGAUGGGUACUAUCUUCAUUUCCUAUUCUAUUCCUAGAUUGCAUCCUGCAUUAUUAUUUUAAAUAGUGACACAUGCACUGUUUGGAUUGCAGCUAUACACAUUAGGAAGAUCUGUAGUCUUACAAUGAACAUGGUGGCAACUUCACUUGUGGAUACUCAUAAACACUCACGCUCUGUGGUGCCUGACCUGGUCUCAUCCUGGCUUCUUCUGACCAGAGUCUUACAGGGUGAGCCCCAUUCCUGUUUAUAAAUUAAUGCCUGGUUUAUUUCAGCUGGUGAUGUUUGCUGUAUCCAUCUCAUGAAUUCAGAUCCUUCCAUGGAGAUCUGGAGAAGAGUUAUUUACUAUUUAGAAAAGUCACAAAACAGACUGCUAACCCCAAAUUUAAUUUACAAUGAGAUUUUUCCUAGGAGAAUGGUGAACGGUUGUAGGCUUUUAGGUGACUGCUGUAAAGAUAACCCAUUUAUAUUUAUCACAGUGAAAGGCAAAAUCACAAAUAAUAAAAAUCAUCAUAAGAAGACAAAGCAUGCAAUUAAAAUUAGUCCUCUUUGAUUUUACACACACACACACACACACACACACAAAUUAUUCUGGAGUCUCAAGAUACUGUAUCACUUUUAGGCAAGUAAAAUAAUUUCAGUGCAUUUUUCAACAGUAAACCUUUACAAGAAAUACCAGCCCCACAUGUGUCGUGUCAUGCUUUCUGUCAUACCUCAAGAACAGAUGCAACAGCAGGCUAGCAAAUCAAUAUUCAUGCUUUGUCUUGGGUACUUCCUGGCAACUUCCUUAUCACUGAUCGUGACUGACCAGAGCUGAUUGCAGAUAAGGCAAAAUUAAAAACUGUCUGCAAUGUAUCGGCUUCUAGUGUAAAAAAUAACAUCUUUUGAAGUCUUUUGGACUGGAGAGACAACAUAAGAAUCCUACCAUAUGAGGAAAAAUACAUAAGCUUGACAUCCCAUCUUCUAUUAACCUUAUUUUGUAGGCUUCAUGUGAAUAUAUACCUCUGCUCAUCCAGUUCAGUGAUUCUGUUGACCAGGCCACCAGACUGAGAUUGCCCGAGUUCCCUGAAUUUGAAUAAAGAUGAAUGAAUAAUUUCAUUUGUUUCGCUUCCAUGACACUCACACAUUGCUCCAAAAUAAAAGCAUUUACUUCUUCAGCCUUCCUGUGUUCUCUCAUGGUACAAUUCUGUUGGCUUUAUUUUCAUUUGCUUUCCUUUUUUCCAGAUAAACGUAGAGGCACAAUUUUUAAAAUCGAUGCGUAUUUUUCAAAAGCACAGAUGUUGAACUUUGAGACACACAUGAAUGUGUAAAGUAUGCGUAUUAAUGCAGCCACCCCCUUUCAGGUGGGAAGAGAGCAAACCAGUUGCUUUAAUUUUGUUUAAAUUCAGUCUUAGUACCCGGAGCAUAUACUCUUCCUCAAGUCACAUACUUGUUUGAAGCUUUAACAGAGAUAUUUUCAAUGAUUAUUUCUUUGCUUUUUCCAAAGCAGCUUACUGUUUUUGUG